CUUUUAUACUUUAUUCUACUUUUUGUCUUCUGAUCUUGUUCAUAUCUGAGUUUCAUAGUCGAUUGAUUAAAACUCCAGAGUUUUUCAUUUGGCCAGAAAAAUGGGCUCAGGAAGUUCACCAUGUGCCUCCUGCAAAUUGUUGAGGCGUCGCUGUGCCAAAGAUUGCAUCUUUGCUCCUUAUUUUCCUCCUGAUGAUCCUCAUAAGUUUGCCAUUGUUCAUAAGGUCUUUGGUGCUAGCAAUGUCAGCAAGAUGUUGCAGGAGCUUCCAGUUCACCAAAGAGCAGAUGCAGUUAGCAGUCUGGUGUAUGAAGCAAACGCAAGAAUGAGAGAUCCAGUUUACGGAUGUGUUGGUGCAAUUUCCUACUUACAAAAUCAAGUCUCACAGCUUCAAAUGCAACUUGCUGUAGCUCAAGCUGAGAUCUUAUGCAUCCAGAUGCAACAAGAGCCUCAUGAGUUGCCAACAACUCAUCCGUCAAUGAUGGAUUGUGAUGCCAAAUCACUACUGUUAGCGGGUAGUAAUACAAGUGAUUUCAGUGACCAGAUGCCACAGUUUCUGAGCUACACCUCUUCUAAUAAUAAUCAUGUAAUCCAGGACCCUCUAAAAAGAGAGUCUCUUUGGACAUAAUCAAUCUCCCAUUUCCACUUUGUCACUUGUGUUAGAUCCUCGAGCUUUAGGUAGUUUUUAUGAAUUUCUGUUUCAGGGGUUUCACCAAC